GUUUGCUUAAAUAAGGCGCGCGAAACGGCGUUUGGCUUUGGCUCUUUGUUAAGCGCAAAAUUCUUCUUUCAUCCACAGUUUUUCCAUUAGAAAACGCAUUAAACGUAACAAUAAGAUUUGCAUCUAGUUGCUAUUACUUAUAAUUAAACAUUAUCCGUACGGAAUAUUUCAGCAUUAAUUAUCCACAGUUACUGAAAUACAUCGGCACCAAAUUUUUAAUUAUAUUUUUUUUCAAUGUAUGAUCUACUGACAUACAUACGCUAACUCAAGAUUACAUUAAUUACAGCAAUAGUUUACACGUGAAAUGACAAAUGAAGUAUACAUUUUAUAUCUUUGACCCUUUAUCUGAAUGGCUCUUUUAAUGAAAUCUAAUGCUUGCUGUCAUUAAUCUCUUUCCAAACUAUUUAAGCCGACAAGAUGGCUGAAGAAAUAAUAGGAUCUAAAUUUUUGCAGCAAGAUCUAAGUUCAUAAAACAUGGUUAAACAAGUUUCUGAAAUCGAGAUAAUUUCUAACACUACAUCUCAUGAGAAGCAAUAUUCCUUUGGUGAAUUUAUUAAAGAGAAGCAAGAAGACAUAGAAAGCUCUAAUGUAUCCGAAGAAGAACUUGAUCCUGACGUGGAAGAGCUUCCUCUUAUUGUCAGAGAAAUAGUUCCUCUUGAAGAUGACCCUUCCAUUCCAGUAUUCACAUUCCGUUAUUUUAUCUUGGCUAUCAUCUUUAUCAUACCUGGUGCAUUCAUUGACACAAUGAAUUCUUAUCGUACAACUUCUGCUGCAUAUUCUAUUUUCUUUGUCCAAAUUGCAUCUCAUUGGGCUGGUAAAUGGUUAGCUAAAGUUUUACCUAAUAAAGAAGUUCGAAUUUUUGGAAGAUUUAAAUUUAACCUUAAUCCUGGACCAUGGUCAAUUAAAGAAACUGCAUUAAUCACCAUAACGGCCAAUAGUGGUGCAACUGGAAAUCAAGGUACUACUCCUCUUUCUUUAAGUGAAGUAUAUUAUGGAACAAAGGUAAAUGGUGCUCUUGCAAUUUUCUAUAUGUGGGCUAUUGUAUUCAUUGGUUAUUCUUAUUCAGCUAUCGCUAGAAACUUUUUGAUAUAUGAUCCUCAAUUUAUAUGGCCCCUGGCUUUAAUGCAAACAACGUUAUUCCAGACUCAGAAGAAAUCAGAUGGUGAUUCUAAACUUGGUUCCAAACAAAUGAAAGUUUUCUUUAUUGCUUUGAUAGGUAUGUCAGUUUGGGAAUUCUUUCCUGAAUUUAUUUUCCCAAUGUUAUCUUCAUUAGCUUUCUUAUGUUGGGUUGCUCCAAGAAAUAAAACUGCUAAUUUUAUAGGAUCUGGAUUGAAUGGUAUGGGCUUCUUGAACUUAACUUUGGAUUGGUCUAAUAUUACAUCAUCGAUAAUGCUUUCACCAUAUUGGAUUCAGGUAAUUCAAUUUAUAGCAUUUGUAUUUGGUGCAUGGAUUCUUCUUCCUGCUGCUAAAUGGGGUAAUCUCACUGAUUUCAAAUAUGGAUUAAUGUCUAAUGGUUUGUUCUUAUCAAAUGGAACUGCUUAUCCAACAAAUAAGUUGUUAACAAAUGAUCUUCGGUUGAAUCAGACUGCACUUGCCGAAUUAGGUCCAGUCCAUAUGGGAGCUCAAACUGCAUGGAAUAUGUUCUUUGCUUAUGCCAGUUAUAUUAGUGGUGUAGUUUGGGUUUGCUUAUUUGGUUACGAAAGUAUGGGAAAUUCGAUCAAGAAGCUAUAUGCUUCCUUCAGGGCAAGGAAAACCAGCGAUAAAACGCUAGCUUUAUCCAUCAAUGAACAAUAUACAGAUAGACUUAACAAGUUACAAUCAAAAUAUAAUGAAGUUCCUCAAUUAUGGUUCCUUAUACUUUUUGCAGCUUCAUUUAUUACUUUGUUGGUAAUUUUUGCAACCGGUAGAUUAUUCAUGCCUUGGUGGUGUAUGAUUGUUGGUAUAGCUUUUGGAGCAUUAAUUGUCACACCCUUAUCAUGGUUAUAUGCACUUUCAAACUUUCAAUUAGCUAUUGGUUCAUUUGAUGAAUUAUUAUAUGGCUAUAUGGUGCAAAAUAGGACUGAUAAACAUCCAGUUGGAGCAACAAUUUAUGGAGCUAUUGCUGGUGAUGCUUGGUAUAGAGCACAGUAUAUACUUCAGGAUCAGAAAAUUGGUCAUUAUAUGCAUUUACCCCCUAAAGCGGUUUUCUUUUCCCAAAUUUUUGGUGCAUUAGUUGGUAUUCCAAUUAAUUAUGCCGCUAUGAGGUGGGUGUUAAACACCAAGAUGGACUUCUUGAAUGGUACUAAGAUAGAUCCAUUACAUCAAUGGACUGGUCAAUCACUUAAAUCAUACAACACGAAAGCCGUUCAAUAUGUUAUCCUUGGCCCUAAGAUUCUAUUUGAGAAUUAUUCAAUUUUGCCUUAUGGUUUUGUAUUAGGAGUUGGAGCUCCAAUAGUAUUUUACAUAUUGCAUAGACUCUUCCCUAAUUCUAGAUUAAAGUUCAGAUUAUGGAAUACAACAGUGUUCUUUUCAACUAUGGAGAAUUUUUACGGGAACUUAUCUACCGGAUAUUUUUCACAAUUUAUUGGUGGUACAGUAGCUAUGUUUUGGGCUUAUCGUUACAAACAUGAGCUUUGGAAGAGAUACAAUUACCUUUUAGCUGCUGCUUUUGAUACUGGAUAUAAUCUCACAGUAUUAUUGAUUUUCAUUAUAUUUUCUUCUGGUAGAGUUAUAAAUAUGCCAAACUGGUGGGGGAAUAAUGAAGAAAGUGUAGAGAGAUGCUUUGCCUUAGUCGACUAAAUAGAAAAUUCGCAGCUAUUUGGAUUUAUUAUCAUAGACUGUAACUUUAUAUAGAAUAAAAUACCAAAAGA